AAGUAGUGAGGCCUCCAUUAGAUCAUUAGUGAAUGAGAUCAUGGAAAAUGUUGUGAUGGAAGAGGAGGUAGUGAUAGUUGGAGGUGGAGUUGCAGGUUUGGCAACAGCCUUGGCACUGAAUAGAGUUGGAGUAAGAAAUUUAGUGUUAGAAAGAUCAAGUGAGCUGAGAGUCAGUGGUCCUGGCUUGACUCUUUUCUCAAAUGCUUGGAUUGCUCUUGAAUCACUUGGUGUUGCUCACAAACUUACUUCUGUGUACAAACCUUACAAAAGAGUAAAAGUGACUGACGUUGCAAAUGGAGUUUCUCUUAAUUUUCAAAAAGAAGCUACCCAAGAGGCUAUCUUAUCAGCGAAAGAAGGGGAGGAAUGGAUGGCAACUGGACUUAGGACUGUACACAGAAGAGCCUUAUUUGAAGCUCUACUUGAGGAAUUACCGACCGAUACGGUUCGUUUUUCUUCUAAGCUUAUCUCAAUUGAGAAAACAAAAGCACGUCAAGGUAACGAUUCAUUGGUGAUCAUACAUUUAGAAGAUGGGACAACAAUUCAUACCAAGGUUUUAAUAGGGUGUGAUGGGGUGCACUCACUGGUGUCAAAAUGGUUAGGGCUUAAAGACGUGGUUAAUUCAGGACGAUGUGCAAUGCGUGGAUUAGGGGUGUUUCCUGAAGGUCACGGAUUGAAUCACGAAAUGCAACAAUUUGUUGAUAUAGGUCGCAGGUUUGGCAUUCUUCCAGUUAAUAAUGAAGAAGUCUAUUGGUUCAUGUCUUAUCAAUCUAUCCCCACUAAAGAUGCAGAAAUGGCUAAAGGAGAUCCAAAAGUCAUACAAAAGACAAUGUUAGAGAGUGUUUAUGGUUCACCACAAGUAGUUAGCGAUGUAAUACAACAAUCUGAUAUGCAGAGUUUAUCUUGGGUACCACUAUCAUUUAGAUACCCAUGGGAUCUUAUCUUCGGACGUCUAUCAGAUGGUACAAUAACUAUAGCAGGUGAUGCAAUGCAUCCGAUGACACCAGACUUAGGUCAGGGUGGUUGUGCAGCACUAGAAGAUGCUGUGGUAUUAGGUCGUCAUAUAGGAAACUCGUACAUUAGAAAUGGUGGAAUGAUAUCACAAGAGGACUUAGAGGUUGAGAUAGGAAUGUAUGUUAAAGAGAGGAGAUGGAGAACUGCUGGUUUGAUCACAGCUUCGUAUCUUUCUGGUUGGGUUCAACAAAGUGGCAGCAGUGGUAUAGGAUCUUCCUUGAAAGGAUUUGGAUGGCUGAUGAAAUUUCUUCGUGAUACAGUAUAUUAUAAGAUUAUUUAUCCACGGCUCGGAGGUUUUUUACGUUAUGAUUGCGGGAAGUUACCAUCGGGAUUAGCUUAGUUCCGAUAGAGUUGAUGCUAUACAUAUGUUGAGAAUUUCCCACUUUGUAUCGGCAAUAAGAUCUCGUAGCUGAUAAGCCUUGGGUAAUCCAAACCUCCUUGUAAGCUAGUUCCAGAGUUAGUUAGGUCCAUGGACUUCAAUAUGCAUUAUCAGACUUGUUGAUUUUCUAUUUGUAUUCGAAAUCCUUCCACUCUGUUUAUGUUAAUUCGGUUUGUAUUCAUAAUUUGUACAUCUGAUUCACUUUGUAAUUGCAAGUGACUCAUCUU